AUGUUCAACCUCCUCCGCCCAUCCCCGAGAUUAAACGUCCCUUGCCCAAGCCGCCCCUCGGGACCUACGACCCCCACCCCACCCCCCACCCCCACCCGGACGGACGCCCCUCGCCCCCACCCCCCCGACAUCCUAAACAGCUUCCGCGUCUCACAAGGGAACUACAGGCCAGCUUCCGCGUCUCACAGCGGGGGAAAUUACAGGCCGGACAGGCUAGCGCCGCAUCCCUGGGACUUUACCGCGGCACAACUCACCCCGGGAAUCACCUCUCGCCCGACGGAGGCACCUGUCGGAGCACACGCCCCUGUCCCAUUAAACUCCGAGACGCCUCAGAUCUCAGAAUCCCCGGAGGACCUGAUAAAUCUCCCUGCGAAAUCCCUUUACGAAAUCCUUUACGUCCCCUUCCCCCCCUCACAAUAA